AUGCACGAGCAGCACAUAAGGAGCGCAUGGUCUGGCCAACAUAAUCUUUCGGGCAUAUUUUUGAACUCGGAAUUGAUCGUUUUGAUUGGAUUUCUUCUGAUACUUCUAGUUGAAGAGAUUGUUCAUACAUGUCAAAAGACGAGCUCCAUUCGGUCGCUGGAGCAUGUUGCCCGAGCGCAGCAAACACCACAAAAUGGUAAUAAUGCUUCUAAAAUGGUCGAUGGAAGAGGAGAAGCAUUGCAUAGCACUGGAUUACCGACUUUGUUAUCACUGGCUGAGGAGGAGGAGGAUACUGAGCCGCUUUUUUCAGAUAACCGCAGCACUGAGGGUUCGGUCGACGAAGAAGCUCCUAAUACGCCUCGGAUCGAAUUCCGCCGCAUCAGUGAUGAGGUAGGAAUAUUUCCGGGUCAUAAAAUGUCAGUUAUCUUGUUGUAGAU